GUGCUUAGACUUGUCGGACAACGACUUGAUCAAGUUAGGAAACUUUCCUCCGCUCAAGAGGCUACGUGUGCUGAUGCUCGCCAACAAUAGGAUCAGCCGAAUUUCACCUGACUGUUUUGAUCCCAUCCCGCACAUUGUCAGCUUAGUCCUCACAGGCAACAAACUUGAGAAGCUUGUUGACUUGGAACCCGUGACCAAGCUGGUGAACUUGGAACGUUUGAGCCUCAUGGACAACCCUGUGACCAAGGUGAAGCACUUUCGGCCCUAUAUGAUCCACAAGAGUUCCAAAACCUUGAGGAUCCUGGACUUCAACCGGAUCAAGGACAAGGAAAGGAAGGCGGCCUCCCUACUCUUCGCUGGAGAUCGUGGGAAGAAGCUCUUGGAGGAGAUUGCGCCCCCGCGAGUGGUGGGUAAGGAGCAGACUGAGAAGGUGUCGGAAGUCACAAAGACUGGACCUUCCCCUGAAGUGAUUGAACGCAUCAAAAAGGCCAUCGCGGAAGCUGAGACCAUUGAGGAGGUCACACGCCUGGAGAAGGCCUUGAAGAGCGGAGUGCUUCCAGAUGAUCUGAAAGAGCCAGGAGAAGGAGCAGAACAGGGCCCAGCCCCCAUGGACGUCGUCGAGCCCGGCCCCGAACAAGACGCGCCUCCCGCGGCGGAAGCAACGGAAGCCACGGACGCUGCAGCGGAAGCGGCGAGCUGAGGCUGAGUUUGGACGUGAAGACAAGAGGGG